AUGCUGUGCGCCGCCAGAGCACCUAUUGUUGUUAAGAGCGGCGCCUUCGGCCGACCGUCACGCGUGCAGUUUGCCCCGCGCAACGUGACCAGCAGCAGCAGCAACGGCUCUGCGCUGCCGGCGCCUACACAGCUUGAUGAGAUCAACCAGGCGCGUGGGGUUUCGGCCAUUGGCAAGCACAUCAAGAAGGCGGCCCUCGCCAGCCGGGCCACCCACCUUGCGCGGAUCAACCGCGAGAUCGGGCAUCAGAUCAAGCUGGCAGCGCGCCUGGCAGCUGCGGGAAAGCUGAAGGCCAAGCCGGCAAGCAAGCCCAAGGAGGCGGAUACUGCCAAGGUCAAGAAGGCAGCUCCUUGA